AACGGCGGAAUUCAAGAUCCCUUUGCUUCUUCUUCUUCGUCAUCCACGUCGUCCCCUGCUGUUUCCCAUGCUCAGAAACUGGGAUCGUCUUCUGGUUCUAACCAUCUUACGAUUUCGGCUGCUGCUGCGGGGUCUCUGUUGAAUCUUCCGGUGGCUGCAACCUCUGGAUGGGGCGGCGUCGGCGGCAGCGCUUUCUCGUUUGUUAAUACCGGUGGUUACGACGAUUUUGAGUGGGUUUCGGAGGAAGAAGAUGACUCUCUGUUCGGCUCUGUUCCUUCUGUUGAUGAAGUCCAAGAUGCUGUCUCUUCUCUCCAGCAGGUAUUCGAUGGGAAUUCAUAUUCUAAGCUUGUUAGAGACAAAUAUGAGUGUUAUCCAGAAAAGGGUGGUGGAACUGGAAACCAAAGCCCUAUAGCUACAGGGAUGGUUCAUCAAGUUCCUUCAUUUGGAUCGGAUUUGGACUGGAUGGAGCCUUCAAUGCAACUAUGCCACUCAAGACUCUUACAGCCUCCUCAUGCUUAUGAUCAGGUUUACAAUGCUUUUGACCUUCUGCGUACCGAACCAUCUGUCCAGAAAAUGGUAGUAUCAUUGUCCUCGGAUAAAGCAGUGUGGGAGGCGNGAGGACCUAUGGGCGGCGGCGGAGGUAUGUUACGCGCCGCCGGUCGUGCGAUGACUAGGACCGGCGUAGCCAACGGCGGAAUUCAAGAUCCCUUUGCUUCUUCUUCUUCGUCAUCCACGUCGUCCCCUGCUGUUUCCCAUGCUCAGAAACUGGGAUCGUCUUCUGGUUCUAACCAUCUUACGAUUUCGGCUGCUGCUGCGGGGUCUCUGUUGAAUCUUCCGGUGGCUGCAACCUCUGGAUGGGGCGGCGUCGGCGGCAGCGCUUUCUCGUUUGUUAAUACCGGUGGUUACGACGAUUUUGAGUGGGUUUCGGAGGAAGAAGAUGACUCUCUGUUCGGCUCUGUUCCUUCUGUUGAUGAAGUCCAAGAUGCUGUCUCUUCUCUCCAGCAGGUAUUCGAUGGGAAUUCAUAUUCUAAGCUUGUUAGAGACAAAUAUGAGUGUUAUCCAGAAAAGGGUGGUGGAACUGGAAACCAAAGCCCUAUAGCUACAGGGAUGGUUCAUCAAGUUCCUUCAUUUGGAUCGGAUUUGGACUGGAUGGAGCCUUCAAUGCAACUAUGCCACUCAAGACUCUUACAGCCUCCUCAUGCUUAUGAUCAGGUUUACAAUGCUUUUGACCUUCUGCGUACCGAACCAUCUGUCCAGAAAAUGGUAGUAUCAUUGUCCUCGGAUAAAGCAGUGUGGGAGGCGGUGAUGAACAACGAUGUUGUUCGAGAGAUUAGGGACUUGUACAACAAUGGUAUAAGUCAAGAUGAUGAGGAAAGUUCAGAUGACACUCCUGGGGAGAAUAACGCAGCAAUAGAUUUCAUAAAGUGGGUAUUUGACAACACAAUGGUUAAGGCCACGGAAGUGUUUGUGAAAAUUACAAAGGUUGUGACCGAGCUCUUCAAUAAUUACAAUGACGAUGGUCUUAACAAGAAGGGGAAAGAUGCCAAAUUCAACAAUUGGCUUGAGGAAAAGCUGAUGACUUCGGUCCUGCUUUCCAUUGUGGUCUUGUUGGUCGUUAUGGUUUCCAGAGCCUGCAACAGGUCUUGAUCGUUUCAAAUUUGUCGACAAUACAUUUAGUCGUCGUCUCUUGGACACUACUUGUUUAGCUUUCUUUCAGGUCACGAUGUGGUUUAUUUUGAUAAUCUCCGGUUUUGUACUCCAUUGUUGACAUUUUACAAGAUUCACUCCGUUGCGUUUCCAUAAUAAGAACUCUGAAUGUUUC